AUGCAAGGAACUGUGUUUUCCAUGAACGUGCUGCGAAGCCCUUUUGGGGUGCGUGGCGCACACUUGGUGCCGCCGUCCGACGCCGAUGGGGCAGUGGGGAAGGUGUCGACGGUCACGGAUGCCAAGGUCACGGAUAGUUAUGCGCAGGUGCUGCCACUGUACACGCCCCUUGGCCGUGCAAAACGUCAGACCUACGCAGUCUCCGGCACUCGUGGGAUCCAGCAACUGGUCGCCAACACGCGCAGCGCCUCGUUACCGAUACCGUCCACUCUUGUAGCAGCGCAGCGUGUCAACAUCAGAGGGAACUCCAUGCCAUCUGCCACGCCGCAGCUGCACGUCAUCUCAAAGCACGAGAAGGGUCGCCUGCUGGUGUGGAAUGGACUCACCGGCGCCGUCGUCGCCGCCUGCCUCUUUCCCCCGUCGUUCAAUGUGGAUCACUGUGCAGUCGCGGCGUCGUACGUGUACACAACCGUGGAGGGCUCGGCGGCCACAUCUGGUUCGGAGGAAGAGGCUUGCGUGUACGUAUGGUCCCGCUCUACCCUUCGCAGCGUCACAGUGCUGAGAGGCCACAGCGGUCGCUUAACCGCGUUGGGGGUGUGGCCGAUGGAAACCUCGACGCUUAUCGCAACGGCAAGCCUCGACGGCACGGUGCGACUCUGGAGCCAUCAGCACAACCCAGGCGCCUCGAACAGCGCCGUCGCUAACGAGGACCCGGUGCAGCUUCUGUGGGUGUUGGCCACAGCGGAGCUGGGGAGCGUGCACUCGCUGAAGUUUAUCGCAGCAGACACGGUGGUGGCUGCCGCGACUCGCUGCGCACUGGCUUUUGUCCGCUUGCCCGAUGCACCGGCAAAGCGGAAGGGCCGGGGCAGCGUGGUGAGCAUGGGCACGGCCGACGCUCUCGCUUUCCAAAUUGUGCAGUCUAUCGUCGAUCCGGACGGUGGCACUACGUUCCUGCAUGUGUGUCCAUACAAUCGCACCAGUGGCGGAGUGGUGGCGGUGACUACCGCGUUAGGCCACUCUAGUCUGUCCCCCCUCGCUUCCCCUUCGUCACUUCGACUCAGUGCCGCGGCGCCCCUGUCGGAGUCGUCGACAGUGUACCUCCUGGCCGGCAGCACCAGCGGGUACAUACAGGAGUGGACGGUGGAUGUGGAGAACGCGACAUCUGCAGAGGUGUCGCCGAAGGCUGCUGCCUUGUCCGCCGACCCGGUGUACGUCAACGUCAAGUGCCGCUGGUACCACAAGGCGCACUCCGCCACCGUGGACUGCGUCGUCACGGACGAGGAUGUCGUGGUAAGCACGAGUCUGUUCGACUGCGCCCGCAUCUACCACCGCACCAGCGGCGCCACCUGCGCUGUCACCAGCACCGCAGCGAUUCCCGUGCUCGUGCCGCAGCUGAAGGAGCUCGUCUGGGGCACGAUCGACGGUGCACUGAGCGUCGCGAGCUACGCGCGCUUUGCGUCUGGGAUAGAGAACGAGCUGCAGCUGCUGUGGACUGCCAGGCCGCACGCGACGGCGAUCCGCGGAGUGUGCUUGUCCUUGACACCAGAUCUCCGCUGGGACACCCUGUGCACCGGCGCAGCCGACGGGUCUAUGUGCGUGUGGAGGGCCAUGCCGGAGUUGGGGCGGGCAGCGGCUGGCAGCGCAGCAGCCAAGAAGGAGGGCGCUGCGCCGUUGAUAACCCACUUCUUGCACGUACUCGCUCUGCCACCGAACACUGCGGAGAAAGGGGACUCUGAUGGGAAACGGGUGGCGGCCGUGGUGGCGGGGCUGAGGGCAUCCACCGCUGGCAAACAAGGUGCCAUCCUUGUCGUGGAGCUGACCGCCACUGGAGAAGUUGGCCAAGUCGCCGCCGUGCCCCUCAAGGACAACAUAAAGGUGUCGUGCGCGCACCUGUGCCUCAGCGGCAAUGGCACCCUCUCGCUCUGGGUCGGGACACGGUGUGGCCAGCUGUUGCACGCUCUCCAUAAACCGGCGCAAAAGGUCUGGACAGCGCUGAUGCCGGUGCAGUGGGAUGCCAAGCCAAACGGCAGCGUGGCCGCCAUCGCAGACGACGCAGCGUCGUCGGUCGUCAUGGUGGCUGUUGCCGAAGUGCCCGAUUCGCGUCGGGCGUCGCAACGCCUAUCCCUCUCCGCGCUUCAGCUGGAGCCCAGGGCGACGGUGGAGACGAUGGUGUCACAAUGGGAAGGAGAUGUUGCCCUUCCUUGCACUGUAUAUGCUGCCAGCCACCACGAACGCACGUUCGCCAUGACAUGGGUGAGCAAGAUAGGCUCAGACGAGCAAGCCUCUCCGCGUGACAUCGGUGGGCUUCUCGUGUGCAGUAGCGAUGGCACCAUGGUGCGCUGUUUUCGCACCAGCGUGGCCAUUGCUGCCCCUUCUUUAGGCCUUUGGAACACACCCGAGGUGCUUGUCAUGGCGUCGUCGUCCGGGCAUGUAAACACCAUUCAGCGCAACUUCGACGAGUCGCCGUCCUUCUCAGCCACAGCGGUGACCGCGCAAAGUCGAAACUCAGAUCUUCUCUGCCUCGACAUCUUUGAGAACAGCAAACGAGUACUGAUGCCGUCAAAAGUGCGGACGACGCAGCUGACAGCGCUCCUGUGCGACGUGGGGACAGAGAGGGUGCGGCUGGCGGCGGUGCGGCAAGAAGAAGCUGAUGUCGCAAACGAAGUGGCACUCUUCGAUAACACGGGUCGAGAGUGUGGUCGCGUAACGCACGACGGCGCCGUUUUACUGAGCAACGACGCGUCUGCAGCAUCUGCCUCGAAGCGACCGAUCAGCUAUACACCCAAACUGCAGGGGGCGUCCCUGUGUCGGUCCUCGGCGACGGCAGUGGCCACGGCAGCCCAGACUACCAACUGCACCGCUAUCGCCGCACACGCGGGGGAUCGAAUCGUCUUCAUUGGCUACGAUGACGGUCUUCUGCAGAUGGUUGACACAACUGACGUGUACGUCUUCUGCCGUCGCUGGGCAACAGACGCGACUGGCGUCGCACGACGGAUUGUGGACGUGCGGUACGGUGGCUCGGGGGUAGCGGUGGUGCUGUUAGCGAACAAUCACCUCUGCAGUUUCGCUAUCCCUCCUCGUAGUCUACUCGAUCAACCUUCGUUGUGA